AUGGCGGAGGUGCGCGCCGUGGACGAGGCGAUGGGUGCGAACGCCGACGCCGACGCCGACGCCGACGCCGCGCGCGACGCCGGCGCGGACGACGCCGACGCGAUCGUCGACGAUGCGUUCACGCUAAAGUUUCUCAUCUCUCCGAGCGCGGCGGGGAGCGUGAUCGGGAAGGGGGGGGCGACGAUUAACGAGUUCCAGGCGCUCACGGGGGCGCGGGUACAACUCUCGAGGAGUCGCGAGGUGUUCCCGGGAACGAAUGAUCGGGUGGUGAUCGUGAGCGGUGAUUUGAACGCGAUCUUACAGGUGCUGUACCUGAUAUUGACCAAACUCGUGGCGGACGGAGAGGGGAUCGAUCGCUCGGGGACGCCGCAGCUCGCGCUGGUGGUGCCCAACGGGUGCUGCGGGUGCGUCAUCGGAAAAGGCGGGUCGAAGAUUCGAAAUUUCGUCGAGGAUUCGCAGGCGGAUAUCAAGCUGAGUAAUCAGGAUCGAAUGCUGCCGGGAUGUAACGAUCGCACGCUGACGAUCACGGGGGCGAUGGAUAGCGUGUUGCGCGCGGUGGCGCUCGUGGCGACGACGCUCUGCGAGGAUCCCUCGUACGCGACGCUCGUGCACCGUCAGAGCACGUACAGCGUUCAGGCGCCGCUUGGGGCGCGCAUCGGUGGGGGGCGACGAAGUGGCGACCAUGGUCGUUCCGUCUCUGGGAGCAGUCGCCGCGGGGGUGAUGAUGAAACAUCAAUACUCGUCACGAUUCCAGACUCGCUCAUCGGCGCCGUGCUCGGUCGCGGGGGGCGCACGAUCGCGGAGGUACAGGUAGCAAGCGGGUGUCGAAUCAAAGUGAGCGCUCGCGAUGACUUCUUUGAGGGUACGAGGAACAGAAAGGUUGUCAUCACCGGAUCGCAGGAAGGGGUGCAGAUGGCAAAUUAUCUUCUCACGCAAAAGCUCAGCGCCAUUGUCGGCGGUAGUACGGAAGGAGGAGGCUUUCCAGAUUCCAAUCCAGCUUUAUGA